UGGAGCUAAAUUCCUGCUGCAAGCAAGUUGUUUACAAAUCGAUGAAAUCGAGGUACAGUGUUGGCACACUCGAGGCAUAUAUAACCUCGAAUAUUUUUCCAAUGCACAACGUGAAAAUUUAAAGUGAUUACAUUUAUAAAAUUAAGCGAGUGAUGGAAAGCAGAGAGGAGACAAUAAGGGUUAAGCAAGAAACGAAUGAUACUUGGUACGAUGCAAAUGAGGAUGAUAAUUUCGAUUCUGUGGACUCUUGCGAAGCUGAAAAUUUGUCGUUUCAUGAAUCAUCAACAAGUAAUAUCAACGAGGCUACGGCGUUGCAUGAAAAUUUAGGUGAAGAAACAUUCAUAGAGUAUGAGUGCAAAGAUUUUAAACCUGAACUGAAGUCUUUAUCGACAAGCAUCUGUAAAACCGAACAUCAGAGCUGUCUAGCUGCUGUAAAAACAGAAAACCAAGCUCAAACCAGUUCCUUGGGUGAAAAAAGUUCUACGAUUUUAAUUGAAGAAGAAGCCGAUUACGAUGAUACAUAUCAAUUUCGAGAGAAGUCUCGAUUAAAUCUUGGCGAAUUCGAGGAGGUGAAUGUAUUUGAAAAAGAAAGAAAAUUUGAUAAGGAUAUUUUGUGUCAAAACACGUCUCAAGAAAAAUCAUCUUUAAAUACACGUAUUAAUUCGACACGUAAGAAUAUUAAAUCACAUGAAUGUGCAAUAUGUCAGAAAUCAUUUGAUUACCAAAGUUAUCUCAAACGUCACAUGACAGUUCAUACCGGCAAAAAACCAUUCAAAUGUGAGAUUUGUUGUAAAUCAUUUAGUCAAAAAAUUAACCUUAAAUCUCACAUGAUUGCAGUACACGAUCGAAGCAAAUUCUUCGAAUGUGACGUUUGUCACCAAUCAUUUAAGUAUUUGCAAAUCCUCAAAAAUCACAAAAAAGCCAUACAUAUUCGUAGCGAAUUUUUAAAAUGUAAGAUUUGUCUCAAAUCAUUUUCAUCUACGAGUAAUCUCAAUAUACACGUAGAUGCAGUUCAUGUACGUAGAAAACCCUUCGAAUGUGAAAUUUGCCAAAAUUCAUUUAGUCGCAAGGAUCACCUCAUUAAUCACAUCAAUUCGGUACAUGAUCAGAGCGAACCCUUCAAAUGUGAGAUUUGCAACAAAUCAUAUUACCGUAAAGGUAUCCUCAAUGCUCACAUAAAUGCUGUUCAUUAUCUUAGCAAACCCUUUGAAUGUGACUUUUGUCACAAAACCUUUUCAGAAAAGGGUAAUCUUAGUAGACACAUAACUUCAGUACAUAAUCGUAGCAAACUCUUAGAAUAAGAAACUUCGAAUGCGAGAUUUGUUACAAAUCAUUUGGAUAAAAAGUUAAUCUUAAAACUCACGUUAUCGGAGUACAUAUUUGCAGCAAAUUCUUUGAAUGUGAAAUUAGUCAAAAAUCAUUUAGAAUGAAAGGUAAUCUAAAUUCUCAUACAAAUUCAGUACAUACUCGUUAAAAAUCUUAAGAUCGUGAUAUUUGUUCGAAUUUCGCAUGAAAUACUCUAGCGCAAUUUUAAAAAAUUUUGCAUACAAAUAUUUGUUCAAACCAGCGGCCCGAAAGUGCUCAAAGCGACAAGAGCGAUUUUCGCACUAGUAACUCUGGGGCAGUAAUAUAAUAUUUAACUUUGUUAAAAAUAAUAAAGCAUUUCAAACUA